AAAUGUUCCAAUCUGUAAGAAACAAACAGAGCUUUUUUGCCCUCUUAAAAGCUCUCGCUUGAAGCUCUUCUACUGGUUAAGAGCCUCCGUUGCAUGGCAAAGGAAGGAGAUAUAAAGAAGGUGGAGCUAAACGUUUCAGUUCACUGCUGCGACGGUUGCAAGAAGAAAGUUAAGAAGAUUCUACGAAAGACAGAAGGGGUUCUCAAUGUUGAAAUUGACACUGUGGAGCCGAAGGUGACAGUGCUAGGAAAUGUGGAACCGCAAAAAUUAAUCAAGAAGUUAUUGAAAGUUGGAAAACAAGCGGAAAUCUGGAGCUACAACGAUCAAAAUGCAACAAAAGAGAACAAGGAGAGUCGUAUGCCUCCAUCAAAGAAGAGUGACACGGAAUUCUCUGCCCCUGGUGGUGAGCAAAUGAAUCACGCGGAGACACAAAGAGCCACAAGCCCUGACAAACACACAGAGAGUGCAGUCAGCAAGGAAGGAGCAGGCAAUAAGGGAUUGGAUCAUAAAGACAUCAACCAUGGUGCCGCGGGAAUGUUAAGAACUGUAAAUCCACUACUCCAUCAGCCAGAAGCAAGCGGUGUUCUCAUACAUCCUAGCAUCGCAACUCAUGAUGGUGCACGCAGAGUUAUAAGUCCAGAUACAUUGACACAACAGUAUUACUACAUGGUGGAACCGCCUCGCGGUCCAGUUAUCAUGCCUUACUAUGCAGUAUAUCCUUACAACGCAGCUCCAGUUUAUACUCGCGGCCCAGAACUCCAGAAUUAUGGACAGAUAAUGAUGGAGCCACCAGUGCAGGCACCAGCAUCAACAACGGUACUCGGAGAUUAUUUCAAUGAUGAGAAUACAGUUGGAUGCCAGAUUAUGUAAGAUGAUUUAAUGACCAGGACAUAACUAAUUAUACAUCAAUAUCUAAUUUGUAAGAGAGUAAUUGUGCUUUACUCCCACUAAAUUAAUCACUAUGCUACUUGACAUCUACAUUGAUCCCCUCUCCCUAGCCCUUUUUUCUUCUGUAACAAGAAAUGAUAUAGUAGAAAAUAUAUGUUGCUAAAAAUAUGUUCAUGAUGACACUUUUCCU